AUGGCUCCAAUAGUAAAGAAGCCUCAGCUAUUUGUAUUCAGUUGUCACUUUGUUUCGCGAGAAACGAUAUUUUCAUUCAAGGUGAAGAAAAAUGCUGAGAACAUUAACACUCGGCUGUCCAUGGUCAUGAAAACUGGAAAGUAUGUGUUGGGUUACAAACAAACGCUGAAAGCUUUACGGAAUGGAAAGGCGAAGUUAGUGAUCAUCGCUAACAACACUCCUCCACUCAGGCCUACUUUCAGGAAGUCUGAGAUAGAGUAUUAUGCUAUGUUAGCCAAAACUGGUGUUCACCAUUACAAUGGCAACAAUAUUGAGCUUGGAACUGCUUGUGGUAAGCUGUACCAUGUGUGUACACUGUCGGUCACCGAUGCAGGUGACUCCGAUAUCAUCCGCAGCAUGCCUUCUGAGACGGCGUGA